UUGACUGCUUCACGUUCCAUUAAUCUCACACCCCUGGAGUGUACAUAUAAGGCACAUGCUUUAAGAUAGUGCCGUCUGGGCUGAAAGCUCGACAAGUUUUAUUUCUCCACCACUCGUCAUGUCCACCGGCUCCAUCAGCGACGCAGACGAGUUCCACGACGCGGAACUGCUAGACGGUCUGCUACCGUUCGGCUCGAGCGGGGAUUCGGCGGCCAGAGCGUCACGCGAAAGCGCCGAGGACAGCUCGAACGGCGAGGGAUCCGCUUCCACCGAGCUCACCGGACACGCGACGAGCAAGAGGCGCAAAACGGCCGCGUCCUCGCGCAGAUCGGUGUCCGGUGCGCCCGUGCCGGCCAUCGAGGGCAAACAAGUACAGAGGAACGCGGCGAACGCGCGCGAGAGGGCAAGGAUGCGCGUCCUGAGCAAAGCGUUCUCGCGGUUGAAGACUACGCUACCUUGGGUACCACCGGACACCAAGCUGUCCAAACUGGAUACACUGAGACUCGCUUCGAGUUACAUCGCCCACCUGCGCCAGAUUUUAGCCAACGACAAGCACGAACACGGAUACAUACAUCCCGUUAACCUGACGUGGCCGUUUAUGGUUGCGGGGAAACCAGAAAACGAGCUUAAAGAGAUGCUGAACUCCACCAGAUUAUGUGGCACCACCGCAUCCUGAGAGGAAUGUAACCAUAAUAACACGGACAAGUUUGAUUUUUAACAUAAGUAUAUUCCGUUUUAUUAAUGUACCCAAAGUACAUCAUCUCUUCUUCAAAAGCGGAAAAACAAACACGAGAUGGAAAUGAACCGAGGGACCAAACGGUGCGUCUUCGUGUACAGAGAAACUGUAUUUUUAUUUAAAACUCUAUUCACCUCGCAUUUCUUUCCUUGCUGGUUCGAGGAACUACAAUGUGUGGUUUUAUGCAAUUGUUCUAUCUAGAUGAAUCUAGCUUAAUUAACCACCUUUUAAUGCAAAACAUAUGUAUAUAAGCUCUAUAGAUAUGCUUUACGCUUUUGGUGACGUAUGUUGUCUCCAAGUGCAACUUUCUGCACCGUACAUAUAUAUUUUUUUUUUUGGAAGGACAGCAUUAUUUUGUGAAUAAAAUAUUUGGAUAUUUGA